AGACUGCUGGUUGCAGCAAGCUUCAAGCAGCCGGUGGUUAUUUUGAAAAACUGAAGUGGGAAAACUGUAAGCGCACCAUAAACUCUCAAUCAAUCCAUGCAUCAGUCAGGUCUGUCGGGUCUCUGCCGCGUCACCGACUCUCUGUACCUGAGUAACGCCAGAGCGGCGAACGACCCGUGCCAGGUGACGGCCCACGGGAUCACCUGCAUCAUCAAUGUCAGUGAGACCGGGAGCAGCUGUCCUCCUCCUCCGGGGGUGGAGGAGUACGUGCACAUCCCGGUGCCGGACUCCCCGCUGUCUCCCCUCCGGGACCACUUUGACGCGGUGGCAGAUAAGAUCUCGGUGACGGCGGAGCGCGGCGGCCGCACGCUGGUGCACUGCAACGCCGGCGUGAGCCGCUCCGCAGCGCUCUGCAUGGCCUUCCUGCUGAAGCACCGCGGGGCCACGCUGCUGCAGGCCCACGGCCGGGUGAAGGCAUGCCGGCCCAUGGCCAGGCCCAACCCCGGCUUCUGGAGGCAGCUGAUCGAGUACGAGAAGGAGCGCUGCGGGUGCAACUCUGUCCGGAUGGUGGCAUCUCCCAUUGGAGAGAUACCCGACAUCUACGAAGAGGAGGCCAGGAACAUGAUGCCUCUGUGA